UGCAAAGAAGAAACAUCUAAUGUAACAUAAAAAUGGAUAAUUUUGUCAGAAAACAUUUGGAUAUCACAGCUCAUAAAUGUCCAUUCCCCCAGAGCUGUCAUGUCAGAUCUGCUAUCUUAGCACAUAACUAUUUGUCAAGAGAACACAUAACUAAUAAUCUUGCCCAUCAAGUCAUUAAUCAGCUAAAUAUGUCUACAUAGAGAGAUAGUGUGGGUUUUGUGACACAGAUCACAUUAGGUCUACAGAUAAAGCUCAUGCUAGUUUGUAAAAGGCUGGUGGAAAAUGAAGGGGUGUUUUGAACUAAGGUUUUGCUGUCAUCUAAGUUCUGGGCAGAUUGUUGCGUUGUUAUGACCUGUGGAGGAAUUAUCUUUUAAUUUUCUCAUGAUGAUGUGACAGUCCUGUACUCCAUUCAUCUUGGAAUCUUUACGGUGGGUGAACUGAAAACUGAAAGCCAUCUAGUCAAUCAAUGAAUCCCAAGAUGGUAAGACUCCCAAAGAAGGACCAGCCAUAAAAACCACCCAGAGGAAAGAUAUACACAAGUCCAUCUGUCAAAAUUGUGUCUCAUCAUGUUGAAGAUGGCAUCAUCACAAAUUACGAUAUUGAUGCCCUUACUGACCCUGGCUUGUGUUGCUACAGGAUUUAGUUUACCAACCAAUUCUGAGCAGGGUUGCCCAUCCCUGUGCACUUGCUACAAACAGAGCACUGUUAUAAGAUGUGAGGGCAUGCAGAUGAAGAAGGUUCCUCUGCUUCCCUCAUCUGCAAGAUGGGUUUACUUGAACAACAAUCGGCUGAAUAUAUUAGGAAACUUUUCAUUCGAGGGGCUGCCAAAUUUGGAAUACAUCAACUUGGAAAAUAACGGGCUAUAUCAACUGGAUCCCAAUGCUUUUGGAAGCGGUUUGAAUAAACUCAAAGUACUGAAACUUGGACACAAUCUGCUUAAGGAGAUACCAGAGGGCUUUUUCCGAAGGUCAACCCAAGUUACCGAACUGGAUCUCAGUUAUAACACCUUCACAACUGUGCCACAUACUUGUAUGCAGUAUCUCACCCAAUUGAAAAUCCUCAAUGUAAGUUACAAUGACAUCUACGAUCCAGUUCUAAGCUCAUCCUUUCAGCACACAACGAAGCUUCAGUAUUUGGAUUAUUCUGGCAAUGAUAUUGUUCGCCUGGCCGGGAAUGCAUUUCAGGCCAUGCUGUGGUGGGACGCCAUUCCCAAGUAUUUAAAUCUGUCCAACUGCAACAUUAAAUACAUAGAUUCUGAGGCUUUUGAGAAACUUUACCACCUAUCCCAAGUUACACUGUCUGGGAAUCCAGGAAUUCCCAUAGGAACACUCAAAGAUGCCAUGAAACGGCUAGAAGUUGCUAGUCUCAGAAGACUAGAAAUGGCCAAUAUGAAUAUAACAGAAACAGCACAUAUAUUCAGUAAUCUUGAAUUAUCCAGCCUGGAGUCAUUAGAUUUGUCCCAUAAUCAAAUCACUACUAUAGGUCAGAGGACAUUCUACUUCCUUUCCCGACUCACUGACCUUGACCUUUCACACAAUAUGAUUGGAGCCAUAGGUGAUAUGUCUGGUCUCACUUUGAUACAGAGACUGCACCUUUCUCAUAACCAGAUCAGCUUCUUGGAUGAAUCAGAAAUUGAAACGAUCAAUACACUGAAGGAGCUUCACCUUUCCCACAAUAAAUUCACCGAUAUCAGCAAUGCCCCACUACAAGAACUAUGGGAUCUGAUCCUGCUAGAUCUCAGUAACAAUUUCCUACAGGAGUUUGAAGUCAGUGCAUCUCUGGAACAUUUAGAACAUUUGAAUGUGGCUCAAAAUGGUCUCACAACACUAGGUACCAUUCCUCGGCUGCUGCAGCUAAAAUACUUAGAUGUAAGUGGCAACAGGUUGUCAUUUUUAAGCAGUGAACUCUUCUCCCGAAGCAACCAAAUAGAAAGUGUCAACUUCAGCCAUAAUGCCAUUACUGAAAUCAAUCAAAACGCAUUUCUAUCUCAUGCCCCAAGUGUUAUUGACCUAUCCCAUAAUUCCCUGACACGCUUAGAAGAUUUUGGUUGGAAGGAUCAACAGGUUAAAGUCAUUCUUUUGAAUAAUAACCGUAUCAUGAGUAUGUCUACAACGGCAUUACAUGGCCUACGCUGGCUCUCAAUAUUAGACCUAAGCAAUAACUCCCUCAGAGACAUCUGGUGGGAGAAUUUCAAGGAUCUUCAGAAUCUAAAGACAUUGAUUUUGAGUGGAAAUGAUCUGGGCAGUAUGCUCAAAACCCAAAAUGGAGUAGCACUUCUAAACAGUUUAAGAGGGCUUGAAACCCUCUACCUGGACAAAAACAGUAUUGACGAGCCACACGAGGACCUUUUUUAUAACCUGACUUCCUUGACGAGACUGGAUCUCAGUCAAAACAUGAUGGAGAACACUUCUUGGAAAUUACUGAGCCGUUUACAAUCAAUAACCCACCUGAACCUUUCAUCCAAUAAUUUCAAACAGUUUGACCCAGAAAGCUUUGAGGGCUUUGGCUCGUUGCAGUCUCUUGACCUCUCACUUAAUCCAUUUGAGUGCAACUGUGACCUUUUAGAAUUCCGUAACUGGCUGGACAGGACUAGUGUCUCUAUUGAAGAUUUUGAUAAAAUAGACAGGUAUGUCUGCCAGAGCCCUGAUAAAUGGAAAGGACGCCCUUUGAUGUACUUCUACCCUGCUGUAGACUCAUGUGGUGAGCUCUUCGACAAGAGGAUUAUAUUUUUAGCAAUAGGAGCCAUUGGCCUUGUCAUAGUCCUUAUUGGGGGAUUGGUAUUUUACAGGCACAGAUGGAGAAUCAAGAGGCGACUUGCCCGUCACCAAUAUGGUGUCAUACGCGAGCGUGAUAACAAUGCUUUACAAUUGACGCUUCAUCAACCUAAUGGAAACACUCAAAAUGGCGGCAACGUAUGGUUGUGAUAUAGUACUUCUAAUAUGUAUUCAAAGUUCCCAUAACUACCCAAUUCAUAUGUGUACAAACUGAACAUAUCCAAGAGCAACAGACCUGUUUCUCGGUUCUUGUCAUGUUCUGUUCCUCUUUUUCAGUGGAUCACAGCUCCUGUGUUCAUUGUAAGAACAAGGAUAUACUCUGUACAUUUUUAGCAUGGAUUUUUUUUUGUUAAAACCAUAAAGUAAUACAUGUUAAAGGGUCAAUCCAUUCUUCUGUAAUUUGAAAGUGUGGUUAUGCCAACUUUACUAGACUUUAUAAAUUGUUCAUGAUGCAUGGACAGCACAUUAAAAAACCUGUCAGAAUUCAACAUGUGGAUAUUGCACUAUGAAUAUUUUAAGAAAAAAGAGCAAAACAAUGACAAGACCCAGAAAAAAAUAACACCCCUGGUACUGUCACAUUCAAGUUCCCUAACUGUAUAAGAAAGAUUUUUUGUAAAAUACAAGUUAUUAUUCAAAGAUCUAAGUGGAUCAAAGAGUUGCAUGUAGUUUUGUAUAUUUCUACUAUUAAUGUAAAUAGCAAUAAGUGCAGGUUGGCUAAUCUGCAUAUUUUGUAAAAUGUAUAUAGAUCGUCAUAUCAAAAACCUUGUCAAUACUAUAUAUAUACCUAUUUAUUGAGCAAAUAUCAGCAUGUAAUUUUCAAAAAUAAUUCUAGGUAUGUUUUCCUCUGUGUUUAUUUUUUCCUAUGGUCAAUACUUCAAUUCAAAAGGCAUGAAGUUCAUGUCACAUUAUGAGUUUGAAUAUGCUACCCUCUUCAACAGACCUCUUUACAGCAUAUCAUCUGAGGUCAUAACAGUUUUAAACCGCUUUGAGUAAUGCAUUUAAAUGAGUAAUAAUGGCAUAUAUUAAAAAACUUGCAAUGUUAUCACUCACUGCCUUUAACAUGGAGAUAACAGAGAUAGUUAAGGUAAAUGCACCCAUAGCUGUGGGUUUCUGCCUUCUGGCCAUACUAGUGUUUUUUUUUUUCUUUGAAGGUGCAGUUUUCUUUUCUUUCUUAUCUUUUCAAUGUGAUUUUGUAUCCUGUAUAUAAAAUAUGUGAUAAGUGGUUUCAAUUCAAAAUAAUAAUAGUAAUAAUAACAAUAUCUGUCAUAUCAAAUACAAGUUAAUUCUAUCAUCAUUAUUAGCUUCAACUCAAACAUUUGCUCAAAAUCUGAAAAUAUUCUUCUUUGCCUAGAGAGAAGAUUUCAUCAAACAUAAUGCCUUAUUGUAAAUACAUUGCUUUCUGCUAUCAAUAUUUAAUUAUUUUGAACAAAAAUAUGUUGACAUUUGCCCAUGCUAUGAGCUAAUUGCUAGGACUUUAUAUAUAAGUCUGACCACCAGAUUCCACAGCCUAGCCAGAAGUUGCUUCAGAAUUGUGCACCAACUGGGACUGUGGCCAGUUUUGAGUUUAAAAGUCAACGUGAUUAAAAGAAAUAUGGAUUUGUCACCAUAAUUCAGAGACAAUUGCCAUACUUAAGCAGCUUUGUCUGGAGAAUAUUUAAUUUGUAUCCACAAAUGGCUACAUUAGGAGACCCAAAACUUACACAGAAACCACCCAUUGCUGUUGUUUAUUAUUUACUGUUUUUGAAUAAACAGGCUGUGCCUAAAAAUGAC